CUCCACCGAGCCGCCAGAAGACAAUCAGUGAGUGGAAAUUACCAGGAUACAACCUUUAGUGCUCAAAUUGGGUUACAGGAAUUAAGUUGGUUCAUACCCAUUCUUUUCGAACUUUAACAAUAUUUCAUGCCAAAAUCAUUUACUACAGGUAUACAUCAGUUGUGUGUGAAUGCUACAACAUAUUUUCUAAAUGUAUACUCACUGGUUACAGCAGUCUCAACACAGAAUGUUUUUGUUUCACCCUUCUCACUACAGUUGUCUUUUUUAGGGACACCUUUGUCACAAUGUUAAGCCAUUCUCGCAGCAGCAGCUAUGACACAUCAGUGGAAGCCCACAUUCAAAAAGAUAUUCUAAUGGCUAAUCGCCAAUGUUUGGACAUGGAAAGCAGGAUCAAGAAUCUCCAUGCCCAGAUCAUAGAGAAGGAUGCUAUGAUCAAGGUACUCCACCAGCGCUCCAAGAAGGAGACAAUCAAGCCAGAUGCGCCGUGUACAAUGAGGCCCUCCAAGUCACUGAUGUCUAAUACUUGCCCUGGAAGUUCAGGACUGCUUUCUCAUUGCACUGUACUCAGUAGCUCAGCCAUCAUUGAAGAAUGCAAAGAUAGCAGCUGGAAAGGGAGCCUAGGAGUUCUACUCGGUCCAGAAUUUCGCAUCACAUUAUCUCCCUCCCCGGUAGUUCCUUUGACACUUACUACAGCAGUUCACUCUAAGACAGGCAGCAGGGAUAGCUGCACACAGACAGACAAGAAUGAGAGUCAAGACACCAGUAAGCCUGGCAGCCCAGCCCUUAAGAGCAUGGUGAUGCCAAACCGACUAUCAUGUCCCAGCAACCAUUACAUCCCUGACCAUGGAGCUGCUGUGUAA